GUAUUCAGUCUAUUAGAAAAAGCUUGGUCUGGUUCCCCUGUGCAGUUUGCUUGGCAGAAAACGUUGGGAAAUUUCCUUGCUGUAACAGGAGGUGAUCGUGCUGUGAAAAUUUUUGAUCGACAUGGUCAGAAGAGAAAUGAAAUCAGCUUACCAGGUAACUGUGUUGCUAUGGACUGGGAUAAGGAUGGAGAUACUUUAGCAAUAAUCACAGACAAAUCUAGUGCCAUAUUCCUGUGGGAUGCGAACACAAACAAAACAAGUCAAGUAGACAGUGGCAUGAGGGAUGCAAUGUCUUUCUUACUAUGGUCUCGAGUUGGAACUUUACUUGCUGUUGGAACAACAAAGGGAAACUUACUUAUAUAUAACCGUCAGACUUCUCGCAAGAUUCCUGUUCUUGGUAAGCACACUAAGCGGAUUACUUGUGGUUGUUGGAGUACUGAAAACCUUCUGGCUCUAGGCGGCGAAGACAAAAUGAUUACUAUAAGCAAUCAGGAAGGGGAUACAAUAAGACAGACCUCGGUGAGCUCAGAUCCCAGUGAUAUGCAGUUCUCUGUUAUGAAGACUGAUGAAAGGAUAUCAACAAGGGAAAGCACAGUAAGUGUAGUGGUCGGCAAGAAGACUCUCUUUCUUUUUAAUUUGAAUGAUCCUGAUAACCCAAUUGAUCUGAAAUUUCAGCAGCCUUAUGGCAGUAUUGUAACCUACAGAUGGUAUGGCGAUGGCUACAUUAUGAUUGGUUUCUCACGAGGUUGUUUUGUAGUCAUCUCUACACACAUUCGUGAGAUAGGUCAAGAGAUCUUUCAAGCUCAUAAUCAUAAGGAUAAUCUAAGCAGCAUUGCUAUAUCACAGUCAUUAAACAAAGCUGCAUCAUGUGGAGACAACUGCAUUAAAAUCCAUGAUCUAUCAGACCUGAGAGACAUGUAUGCCAUAAUAAACUUGGAUGAUGAAAACAAAGGUUUAGAUCAGCUGGCUUGGACAGAUGAUGGACAGUUGUUGGCAGUAUCUACACGAAGGGGAUCCCUCCAUGUUUUCUUGACAAAGCUUCCAAUCCUUGGAGGUGCUUGCAGUACACGGAUUGCAUACCUCACUUCUCUUCUUGAAGUUACUAUAGAAAAUCAUGUGGAGAAAGAGCUACCAGUCACAGUCUCUGUUGAAGUAGAGCCCAGUUUUGUUGCUAUUGGUGUUUAUCAUUUGGCUGUAGGAAUGAAUAAUCGGGCUUGGUUUUAUGCACUUGGAGAGAAUAAUGUAAAAAAGCUUAAGGAUGUGGAGUACCUGGGGACAGUAGCAAGUAUGCACCUUAAUUCUGAUUAUGCCGCUGCUCUCUUUGAGGGUAAAGUCCAGUUGCAUAUGAUAGAAAGUGAAGGUUUGGGUGCUCAGGAAGAACGGGAAACUCGACUCUUCCCAGCAGAUGACGAUAAAUACCGAAUUUUGUGCCAUGCUUUAACUAGUGACUUCCUCAUAUAUGGUACAGAUACUGGAGUUAUCCAUUAUUUCUACAUUGAAGACUGGCAAUAUGUGAAUGAAUAUCGGCAUCCUGUCAGUGUGAGAAAAAUUUUUCCAGAUCCCAGUGGAACCCGAUUGGCUUUCAUAGAUGACAAAAGUGAUGGCUUUGUCUAUUGUCCAGUAAAUGAUAGAUUAUAUGAGAUUCCAAACUUCUCACCAACUAUUAAAGGAAUCCUGUGGGAAAACUGGCCAAUGGAUAAAGGUGUUUUUGUUGCUUUUGAUGAUGAUAAAGUGUACACUUAUGUUUUUCACAAGGAUGCCAUUCAAGGAUCAAAGAUUAUUUUGGCAGGUGGCACGGAAGUCCCCUUUUCCCAUAAACCUUUGUUGUUGUAUAAUGGAGAAUUAACUUGUCAGACUCAGAGUGGGAAAACAAACAAUAUCUAUCUAAGCACUCACAGUUUCCUUGGCAAUUUGAAAGACUUUGGACCUAAUGAACUGACACAAAUGCUUACUCAGACUUUAAUGUUGAAAAGGUUUUCUGAAGCGUGGGAGGUGUGCAGACUUCUGAAUGACCAGUCUGGUUGGAAUGAGCUGGCCAAAGCUUGCUUACAUCAUAUGGAGGUGGAUUUUGCAAUACGUGUUUAUCGGACAUUUGGUAAUGCUGGGAUGGUGAUGUCACUAGAGCAAAUAAAGGGAAUAGAAGACCACAACCUUUUAGCAGGACAUCUUGCCAUGUUUACUAGUGAUUUUAAUCUGGCUCAGGAUUUAUAUCUGGCAUCGUCCUAUCCUAUUGCUGCACUUGAGAUGCGGAAAGACUUGCAACACUGGGACAGCGCACUUCAGCUGGCUAAGCGUUUGGCCCCAGACCAAAUCCCUUUCAUAUCAAAGGAAUAUGCAGUGCAGCUUGAAUUCACGGGUGAUUAUAUUAACGCUCUGGCACAUUAUGAGAAGGGAAUCACUGGAAACAAUAAGUACCAGGAACACGAUGAAGCUUGCCUUGCUGGAGUGGCUCAAAUGUCCAUUCGAAUGGGAGAUAUCCGUCGAGGGGUAAACCAGGCCAUUAAACAUCCCAGUAGGUUACUAAAAAGAGACUGUGGAGCUAUUCUGGAGAGUAUGAAGCAAUUUUCAGAAGCUGCUCAGCUGUAUGAAAAGGGACAAUAUUAUGACAAGGCAGCAUCAGUAUAUAUCCGGUGUAAAAACUGGGCAAAGGUUGGUGAACUUCUUCCUCAUGUUUCAUCUCCAAAGAUUCACCUACAAUACGCAAAGGCCAAAGAAGCAGAUGGCAGGUACAAGGAAGCUGUGAUAGCUUAUGAGCAUGCAAAGCAAUGGGACAGUGUAAUUCGACUGUAUUUGGAUCACCUUAAUAAUCCUGAAAAGGCUGUUAAUAUUGUGAGGGAAACACAGUCUCUUGAUGGAGCAAAGAUGGUGGCCAGAUUCUUUCUGCAGCUUGGUGACUAUGGUUCUGCCAUCCAGUUCCUGGUCAUGUCCAAAUGCAAUAAUGAAGCUUUCACAUUAGCUCAACAGCACAACAAGAUGGAGAUUUAUGCUGAUAUUAUCAGUUCUGAAAGUACUACUAAUGAAGAUUAUCAGAGCAUUGCACUAUAUUUUGAAGGAGAAAAGAAACAUUUUCAGGCGGGAAAAUUUUUCUUGCUGUGUGGUCAAUAUGGACGGGCAUUAAAGCACUUUAUGAAAAGUCCAAGCACAGAAGAUAACUUGUCUAUAGAAAUGGCAAUUGAAACAGUGGGACGGGCAAAAGAUGAAGCCCUAACAAAUCAGCUGAUAGACUAUCUUAUGGGAGAGAGUGAUGGCAUGCCCAAGGAUGCCAAGUACCUAUUCCGCUUAUACAUGGCACUGAAGCAAUACAGAGAAGCUGCCAGAACUGCUAUAAUAAUUGCCAGGGAGGAGCAGUGUUCAGGAAACUACCGAAAUGCGCAUGAUGUUCUUUUCAGUAUGUAUUCAGAGUUAAAGACCCAUAAGAUAAAAAUUCCUUCUGAGAUGGCUACAAACCUGAUGAUCCUACACAGCUAUAUUUUAGUGAAGACUCAUGUGAAACGUGGUGAUCACGUGAAGGGAGCACGUAUGCUUAUACGCGUAGCCAACAACAUCAGCAAGUUCCCAUCACACAUUGUGCCAAUUUUGACAUCAGCUGUAAUCGAGUGUCACAGAGCAGGAUUGAAGAACUCAGCCUUCAGUUUUGCUGCUAUGCUGAUGAGGCCUGAGUAUCGUAGUAAAAUAGAUCUUAAAUACAAAAAGAAAAUUGAAGCAAUGGUCAGGCGUCCAGACACAACAGAGGCAGAGGAGCCAACAACCGCCUGUCCCUAUUGCGCGUUCCAGCUCCCAGAGUGCGAACUUCUGUGUCCCGGCUGCAAAAACAAUCUCCCGUACUGUAUUGCAACGGGUCGGCAUAUGGUACGAGACGACUGGACGGCCUGCCCACACUGUGACUUCCCUGCCCUCUAUUCAGAAUUCAAGAAGUAAGUGGUUUGGUUCUUUUUUUUUCUGCAGGAUUCCAAUGUUUAUUCUUCUUUUAGCAGCAAACGGCUUCACUUGGUACUAAAAAACAUGUAAUACCUGGGGGUGGAGGGUGGAAAAAGGAAUCUCCCUUACGCAGUAGUUCCAUCUCACACACGCACAGAACAUCCCUUCAAAGUGGACCAAAAACUAUGAUAAAGAAUGAACUCAGCCAGGGACGCGGGGCUCCAACAGCAGAGGCAGCUAUGAAGAUGGGUGGGGGGCUUCUGUCCUUCCAGGGAGAAAGCCCGUUACCAGGGCAAGGGGGAACACGGGCGCAGCAGCAGUCACCAAACCAAACCCAACCCGGGCAGUACUGGGACAGACAAAGGCAGCAAUUACCUCCUCUCCUCAGUAGUCAUCUGUGAGAGAACGGGACUAGAGAGCUCUCCUCAGAUGUCAGGAACGGUGAAGCUGCAGAAACUUCAUGUUCCAGCCUAAGCUCCUUCAUGUACGUUUUAACUCACAAAUUUUCCUCAUGCCCAUGUGAACAGCAGCAGCGUUCCUGUUGUGAUGUUAGUUCUCAAAUGUUAAAAAACAAAUAAACCAACCUUUGCUCUGCCAAGACAGAAGCAGCGGUUGCUCUGGCCUGUUAUACAGCGUAGGUCUCUGCUUCCUGCCCCAGGCCCAGCUGUUCCUUUGAAAACAUUAGAAUUAUCAUUUGACCAGUCACCCUUCUUUUCAAACAGCAUGUUACAGACUGAAAACAUGUGUCCAAUGUGUUCUGAAAGGAUUAACAUCAUUCAUCUUAAGAAAAUAAGUGAUUGCACACAAUACCUCAAACCAGAAGACGGGGAGCAGUAAAUUCAGGUAUGUGCUAGAGCCUGUAGUUUUUACUUAACAGGGUCAUUCUCGAGGACAGGGGGAGUGUUUCCCAGCAAGGGAAAUGCAGCAUUCCAGAAUCUAACUUACAGCCCGGCUGUGUGCCUCAGGUAACUGAGGCUCAGCUCUAUCCUCAGGCAUGCAAACAGCAGUAGGUUUUGCUACUCCAAGUAACACAGUGGUUAAACCAUUCCCAUUGUGAGGCUUUAAACCAGCUUACGUCUAGGAUCAUGAGGCUUUAAACAAGCUUACCUCUAGGAUCACAUUAUCCUCUACACCCUGUUCUAGUUUGGAGUCUGUUCCUGAACACCACUUGUGCUUUAGUAGCACAGAGAACAGGCUGAAGAUCUCAGCAUUGUCAAAUCCUUCUACAGAUCUACCAACAAGCACGUAAGCGUAGAAAGAGCGUGAUAUGCUAACUAGAAGGAGCAGAUCUAAAAUGGAGGUUACAUGGUCUUGGCUUAACAGAAUCUAAGAAUACGUCACAAGCAACUUAGUAUUGGCUUGAAAUACUCCUGUUUCAAAGGAGAAAACCACUGCUCGCUCUAUGCCACAGACUUCGAUCCAACACUUCGGUUCUGUUAAAGGAAUGGCAACUGAAAAUCAGUUAACAAAGUCCCUCCCUAAUUUGACAUUUGAAGGCAGAUUUACCAGUGCAAACACCUUAUGUGAAAGCUUUGACCUAUACAGUCUAAAUAACAUACGUACAAGUGAUAUUAUAAAAAUCACAUAUACCACAAUUUAGAGUUUGGGGUUUUUCUUCUGUCUGAGCAACCCCUGCAGGUUGCUGUCACAGUCUCUGUAGCUUGGGAUACAACUAACUGCCUCUCUCUAUUUUCAGAACUGCAGGUGUUGUCUGGCACGCAGCGAGGAAAGCUCUGUCACUACAUUACACAUCUUUUCCCCACUAGGAUCUCGUAACAACCACCAUGCCACUUCUAUUUUGUGACAGCCUGUAAAUACUUAGCUUUUGAUAAAUUUUGUACUUUGAUUUGUUAUAGUAAUAAAACUGAUUAUUGAUGAUUCUUACCAAGCAAAAUUUGCAUUUUAUCUGCACCAAAGACAAAACCAAGGGGCAUUCUGUGUUACGUGAGCAGUAAGAAAAAAAAAACCAAACCAAACCCUAGUAUUCUCUUCUCAACAUCAGUCCUGGACUUUCAUGACUAUUUGCUAUGACACAUUUCUUAAUCCCGAAAUAUUCCUUUCUGGUUUUGAUUAAAGAUACAACUUGUAAGCACAGGCUCCUCAAGCCAAGCUUGGAACUAAAUCCCUCACUGCUUUUCUGUGUCUUUAACUCAGCAAAAGGGAAGUUGUAGGAAAAGAAUAUAACCACAUCCUGUACAUGCAGGAAAGCCAGGCCCUUAGAAGAAAAGAGAGACAGAACGCUCCAUGAACUUAACCAGAAUUUUAGAAGAUUCCUGUGAAACUUUUUAUUGUACUUUUAUACACUGCUUACUUUCUAUAAUGUACAAAUACGCAGUUUAGGUUUGGGGGGUUGUUUUGUAUCAUGUACUAUUUACAAGAGUUCAGCACAUAAUAUUGGGGACUUAUUAAAAAAAAAAAAAAAAA